AUGCUGGAGGAGCCGGAGUGUGGGGCGCCGGGCGCUAGGGGAAGCGCCGCAGCCAUGGAUUGUAAAGACAGACCAGCUAUUCCAGUCAAGAAGCUAAUACAAGCUCGCCUUCCUUUCAAGCGCCUGAGUCUUGUCCCCAAGGAAAAAGCAGAUGACGGCUCGGACGACGGGAAAGGCCCUCAAAGCGCUUCUGUACAGAGUAAAGCCCCUGAUCUGGAAACCUCCUUGGACAGCACAGAGAACGAUGGCCAUGAAGGGUCGGAUGCCGACUUUAGACCAAAACUUGUGAAUGGGAAGGGUCCCUUAGAUAACUUUGUAAGAAGACCCCAAAGUCACCCUGGCAAGGUCCCAGUUCUGAUUGACCUGACAGAGGACUCCGAUGACCACUCGGAACACCAUUCUGAAGCCCCUUCCCUCCAGGAGGCUAUCAAUGGGGUUGAAGAGGAAGAUGAAGGUCAGGUGGGCCUCUUGGAGGCCAGCCAGGAUGACAAGGUGGCAUCUCCAGAGGGGACCCUUCCCGACCUUCUCUGCCACCUGGACAACCGUUCUGGCUCAGCAGACACAGAGAGACCCGGAGACACACAGACAGGCUCACCAGAGGGCUGCCCUGAACUGACAGGUGGUCGGAGCCUGUGCUCCCUGAGGGAACAGCCGGGCUGGAGAAGGGCGGGAGACAUCCUGUUCCAAGGGAAGGUACCUGUGGUGGUCUUACAGAAUAUCCUGGCGAUAAGAUCUCCUCAGGUCAAGUCUUUCCAGAUGGCAGAAUUGAAUGAGAGCUUAGCCUGGGAGAGCGAGGGCCUGGGCUCUUGUCCCAAAGAAGACUCUAUUCUCAGCCAUUCGUCCCUGAACUCCUCCCCAUCGACCAGCUCACCAGAGGGCCAGUCUGCUUCUGGAAGACAGCGUGGCAGUGGCAGUGGCAGUGGCAGCCCCUCCCCUGCCCCCACUCCGACCCGCAGAGUCACCAAGAAGUGCGUCAAAGGAUCUACAGAGAAGAACCAGAUCCGACUGCAAAGAGACAAAGAGCGCCUGGGCAAGCAGCUGAGGUUACAAGCGGAGAAGGAAGAGAAGGAGAAGCUGAAAGAGGAGGCCAAGCGGGCCAAGGAAGAGGCCAAGAAGAAGAAGGAAGAGGAGAAAGAGCUAAAGGAGAAGGAGCGGCGAGAGAAGCAGAGGCGCAAGGAGGAGCGGCGCAAGGAGAGGCAGGAGGCGCUGGAGGCUAAACUUGAGGAGAAAAGGAAAAAGGAGGAGGAGAAACGGUUAAAAGAAGAAGAAAAGCGCAUCAAAGCCGAGAAGGCCGAGAUCACGAGGUUCUUCCAGAAACCAAAGAUCCCACAAGCCCCCAAGACCCUGGCCGGCUCCUGUGGCAAGUUUGCCCCGUUUGAGAUUAAAGAGCACAUGGUCCUGGCCCCGCUCUGCCGGGCGGCCUUUGACCAGGACCUCUGUGACCAGUUAGACCAGCUCCUCAAGCAGCAGAGCGGCAGCUUCUCCUUCCUGCAAGAUCUGAAAGGCCGGCAGCCCCUCAGCUCUGGGCCAACUGUCGUUUGUAACCGGAGCAUGGGCACCUUCAACAGUGACGUGGUGAUUGUGGAGAGCGGCAAAUCAGACGGCGAUCUCCAGCACAAGAAGUUCGGCAGACUGAAGCUCCUACAGUUCUCCGAGAACCACCGGCCAGCAUACUGGGGCACGUGGAACAAGAAGACGGCUGUCAUCCGGCCCAGGAACCCCUGGGCUCAGGAUAGGAUGCUUCUGGACUAUGAGGUGGACAGCGAUGACGAGUGGGAAGAGGAGGAGCCGGGGGAGUCCCUCUCCCACAGUGAAGGGGAUGACGAUGAUGAGGUGGGAGAGGACGAGGAUGAUGACGAUGGCUUUUUUGUGCCCCACGGGUACCUGUCUGAGGACGAGGGCGUGACGGAGGAGUGUGCAGACCCGGAGAACCACAAGGUCCGCCAGAAGCUGAAGGCCCAGGAGUGGGACGAGUUUCUAGCCAAGGGGAAGCGCUUCCGCGUCCUCCAGCCUGUGAAGAUCGGCUGCGUCUGGGCGGCUGAGAAAGCGGACUGCGCAGGUGCUGACCUCAAGGUGCUACAGCAGUUCUCCACGUGCCUGCUGGAAAGGGUGCUGCCUGAGGAGGAGCAGACGCCCAAGGCCUCCAAGAGAGAGAAGAGGGACCAUCAGAUCUUGGCUCAGCUGCUCCCGUUGCUACACGGCAAUGUGAACGGGAGCAAGGUGAUCAUCCAAGAGUUUCAGGAGCGCUGCCGCCAAGGCCUGCUCAGCAGGGAAGCUGGCAGCCCUGAGCCCCGUGCUGCCAGCCCCCCGAGCCCUGGCUCCUCCCGUCCGCCGACCCCCACCACCGCCAGUGAGGACACCGCCAUUCCCUCCAAGGCCCGGCUCAAGCGGAUCAUUUCUGAGAACUCGGUGUACAAGAAGCGGCCUGACUUCCGGAUGUGCUGGUACGUCCACCCGCAGGUGCUCCGGAGCUUCGACCAGGAGCACUUGCCCGUGCCCUGCCAGUGGAGCUACAUCACUUCAGUGCCCUCAGCCGUCCGAAGCCCUGGGGAGGACAGUGGCAGCUCCCCUGCCGUGGCGCCCAGCCUUGUCACACCAACGUCACUGAAGAGGAAGUCAGCGGGCAGCAUGUGCAUCACGCAGUUCAUGAAGAAGCGCAGGCACGAUGGACAGGUUGCAGCUGGGGACAUGGAUGGCUUCCAGGCGGACACGGAGGAGGAAGAGGAAGAGGAGGGUGACUGUGUGGUGGUGGACAUUCCGGACACUGGGGAGGCCCCGGCCGCGUGUGGCUCCCCCUCGGGAGAGGUGGGAUCGGUGGGCAUGGACACCUGUGAGGGCCCGCUGCCGCUGGUCGAUGGCCUGGGUGUCCUCGGCCACGCAUCGGAUACUUGA